AUGGCUUGUCAUGUUUCGCCCCCUCAGGAGGUCGAAGUCAUCAAGACUUUCAAUUACACAGUGCCUACCAAGAUCGUUGAAAAUGAGCAAGCCGCUUACACCACAUACAUGGACCCGCAUCAGCCUUCGCUGACUGUUCUGGACCACACAAUCCUCGAGCCUAGGGAAACUAUUAAGAAGUAUCCGUCUAAGCUUGUAAUAUCAUAG